AUGUUGCGUCCAUUGUUCGGUGGUGCCUUGAGUUGCGAAGUUCCCGACGGUUUUGCAGACGUGAGUUCAUUCCGUCAGGUACCUGAUAACCAAGAAGUGUUUGCUAAUGCUACGACAGACCAGUGCGUCAUUGUUGAGCUGCUGCAGUACGAGGAGAACGUGGAGGAUGUGCACAGUGCACGCUACUUUUUCAACGAGAUUGCGCAGUCCAAUGGCUGUGGACCCGAUGAGGUGACAGUUCUGUAUGAGGAAAAGGCGGACACGAAAUACGCUGCACCUGUUGCCAUUGACGCACCUCACACUGUGCAGCUCAUUGUGGGCGACCAGCGUGUGGCCAAGUUCAAGGAGGGCGACCACGCCAAGAAUGUGGUGCGUGUGUACUUGGGCAAUAUCCGUCUUCCUGGAGUGACGACGGACGUGGUACUGUCGGUAUCAGCGCCUAUGCGCAUCAAUCCAGCUAGUAGUAGUUGCAACGCCUUCCAGUUCGAGGACAAUUCGGAGGUAGCUGCUGCUAUAUUUAAGCAAGCGCUCCAGUCUUUUGCAGUCUUGGACUGGUCACUCUUCCAAUAA